AUGCUGAGCAUAUGUACCCGGCGCAUCCGCUCCUCUAAACACUACCCUUUAGCCGUUACAAUAUGGUCUCGAUUUAUUGUUCCAGUAUCUAAGUGGAUUGUCCCAGUCUGUUAUAUUGUACUCUACACCAUCUGUGUUUACGUUUUUUUCACAGACACUUAUCUUCGAAUAUAUUUGCAACUCUCGUCUUUAAGUCGUCAUGUCCUUAUUCCUAGUAUUGUCCUGCUUGUUUACGGGUCUACCUUUUUAGCUACUUUUAUGGAUGCGGGUCACAUUACGCGUAAAAAUGUAGACAUUGCGCUACAAAAAUUCCCUUUUGACGACAUUAUCUUUUGCGGGAACGGUAUCGAGGUCGUCCCCCGCAAUACCGAUUCAUCUUUAUCUGUUGCUUCAGCAGCAGGAUCAAGCUCUUCGUCAACCCCACUUAUGACCCAUACAGAUCCUACUAGCACACCUACCGAUUUAAAUUUGGACAGUAUCCCACGUAAUCGCAUGGGCUUAUUAUCAACACGCCGAUCAACCUCAACUGACGGCUUCUCAACAGCAACAGCAACAACAACAGCAACAUCACUUUCAUCUUCAACUUGUCACUUGCGUCAUUCUCUGCACCCUGACAUCCCCAUACAAGGCAGUGCGCAGACAUGCCGGACUUGCAUUCAACCUAAACCCGCGCGAUCAAAACACUGUUCGACAUGUGACCGGUGUGUGGCCAAGUUUGAUCAUCAUUGCAUAUGGCUGAACAACUGUGUCGGGCUCUACAACUACCGCUGGUUCUUGCUGUAUUUACUCAGCAAUGUGCUCAUGCUGGGCUACGGCGCACUGCUCACAUAUGGUUUGCUGAGCAGCGAACUACAAAAGUAUACACGGAUCGGCUCUAUAGUUAGCCCAACAAUGACGACGGCAAACAGUGUCACAGAAGAUGAAGUCGUGGCAACAGCAAUGACGGCAGUUGGGUUGGCGUCUGGCGGAGAUGGCGUUGUGGCCGGAAGUCCGUUUGGGCAAACAGCCAUGUCACGAGCGCUUGCGCUUAAAAAUUUGUCAUAUUUUGGCAAGUGGUUUUACAUCAUUACGCUUGAAGAAAACAAGUCUACGGGGUGCUUAUUUCUGUUGGCAGCCAGCAUGUUUGUACUUGUUGUAGCGUUUUUGAUUGAGCAUGUGCGGUAUAUUUACUUAGGCAUGACAACAAAUGAAACAAUGAAGUGGGAGGGUGUGGAGUAUGCGAUUCGCGACGGGACACUGUUUUACUAUGCGCCACAUAAAUCUGCGCAAAGUGAUUUACAGCUACAACAACAGCAGCAGCAACAGCAGCAGCAACAGCAGCAGCAACAACAACAGUCAGAAGAGCAGCAGUCUUUGGAAAGUGGUCAUGAAGAGAACCAAGAACGGACAUUAUUUGAAAAGCGACUGAACGGUAGAAUAGUAAGUGAACAUGUUGCAGAAAAUGAUUCUGGGGUUGGAAGCAGUGCAAGCUCUAGCAGCCAAACCUCUUUGAAUGAUGAGAAUUCCAUUUUUUCAGGUGUCACCAUAAUCUCUCCUACUUCCGAACAAACAUCUAUCCCACAUGCUAGUGCUCCUAGUGAUUCUGCUAUUAAUGCUGUGGCACAACCUUUACCAACACACCAGCGAGCAACCAUUGUGUUGCAGAAAUUCCCUGAUGGAACUGUGAACCGGCGCCUGAGCGCAUACCAAGUGGACCGCAUUGCGCGCGAAGGCCUACGGCUGCAACCUUUGACGAGUUCUGCGGAUGUCAAUAACAUUUACGAUGAAGGGUUUCUCAACAAUCUGUAUAACAUUAUGUUUCCCAAAUCAUUAUAA